ACUUGCCCCAGCCCGGGGCUGCCGCGCGCCUUUCCCCGGAGUCUCCGGGACGCUCCAAGCAGGAGGCAGCGGCCUCUCUGGAGCGGAGUCCGAGGACUGCGCCCCGGGGAGCCGGCGCCCAAGAAGCCUCCACAGCUUUCUGAAGAUGAUAUUCGGCUAAAAAACGAGAGAGACGACUAUAGAGCCAACCUCCUGGAGCCUGCUACCAGCUCUCUUUCCCCAGAUCACAAAAACAUGGAAAUUGAGGUGUCGGUUGCAGAAUGUAAAAGUGUUCCUGGAGUCACCUCUGCUCCGCAUUCCAUAGACCACCCCUCCCCUUUCUAUUCACCCCCCCUCAAUGGCCUCCUCACCGAUCACCACGAAUCCCUGGAUAAUGAUGUGGCCAGAGAGAUCCGCUAUCUAGACGAGGUGCUAGAGGCUAACUGCUGCGAUUCUGCUGUGGAUGGAACUUACAACGGAACAUCCUCCCCAGAGCCCGGUGCAGCGAUCCUGGUGGGCAGCCUAAGCCCACCUGCCCGCGUUGCCAUCCAGCCAGAACCCACUGAGAGAGCUGCUGGCCAUCAGGCACCUCCUCUCACUGAGCUAGGUAAAAGUGACUCUGACACUAUGGCAGAAGGGGAGAGAGCGAACGGCCACUCCCUCGACCAGUCCCGAGCGAUGCUGGGGGACAGCCUGCAGGCACCCGUGAGUCCCAGCUCCUCGACUAGCUCCCAGUGCUCUUCCCGAGAUGGGGAGUUCACGCUCACCACCCUGAAGAAGGAGGCCAAGUUUGAGCUGCGUGCCUUCCACGAGGACAAGAAGCCCUCCAAGCUCUUUGAGGACGACGAGCAUGAGAAACAACAACACUGUGUCCGAAAAGUGAGGCCCACAGAAGAGAUGCUGGAGCUGGAGAAGGAAAGGAGAGAGCUCAUCCGGAGUCAGGCUGUGAAGAAGAAUCCUGGCAUUGCAGCCAAAUGGUGGAAUCCCCCCCAGGAAAAAACCAUCGAGGAGCAGCUGGACGAGGAGCAUCUGGAGUCGCACAAGAAGUACAAGGAGCGCAAGGAGAGAAGGGCGCAGCAGGAGCAGUUGCUGCUGCAGCAGCAGUUGCAGCAGCAGCAGCAGCAGCCCCCCCCGCAGCUCUGCACAGCCCCUGCAUCCUCCCAUGCGCGGUCAAGUGCGGCUGAAAAUGCAAAGGAGGACAUCGUCACAGAGCAGAUAGAUUUCUCUGCUGCUCGCAAACAGUUCCAGCUGAUGGAGAAUUCCAGGCAAACGGUGGCCAAGGGCCAGAGUACACCCAGGCUGUUCUCUAUCAAGCCCUUCUACAGGCCUCUGGGGUCAAUCAACUCGGAUAAGCCACUGACCAUCACGAGACCAGCUUCUGUUGGGAGACCCCUAGAAGACAGUGGUGCAUCGGCAGCCAAGGGGCAGAAGGCCUCCUGCACCCUGGAGAGCCAGUCAGCGGGCGGGGGCCAGGGCAGCACAGCCCCUCAGGGGAAGGACGGGCCCUACAGUGAGCCGUCUAAGCGCGGGCCCUUAUCUAAACUGUGGGCAGAGGACGGAGAGUUUACGAGUGCCCGGGCCGUCCUCACUGUGGUCAAGGAUGAUGACCACGGGAUUUUGGAUCAGUUUUCAAGAUCAGUCAAUGUCUCCUUGACCCAAGAGGAGCUUGACUCUGGUUUGGACGAAUUGUCAGUGAGGUCCCAGGAUACCACCGUCCUGGAGACCCUGUCCAACGAUUUCAGCAUGGACACCAUCAGUGACAGCGGGGCCUCCAAUGAGACAACCAAUGCCCUCCAGGAAAAUUCACUGGCUGAUUUUUCUCUGCCCCAGACUCCCCAAACUGACAACCCCUCAGAAGGCCGAGGAGAAGGUGUCUCCAAGUCGUUUAGUGAUCACGGUUUCUACUCCCCUUCCUCCAUGCUGGGAGACUCUCUGUCGGUUGAUGACCCUUUGGAAUAUCAGGCUGGUCUCCUGGUGCAGAAUGCCAUUCAACAAGCCAUCGCCGAGCAAGCGGAUACAGCUGUGUCCAAACCCAGCGAGGAUGGAGCAGAACAGCAGGGCCCUGAAGUGGCUCUAGAGGAAGUGGAAACUGGGGCUUCCAGCUCAGAGAAGCCCCAGAGCAUGUUCGAGCCACCGCAGGUGUCCUCUCCUGUUCAAGAGAAAAGGGAUGUGUUACCAAAGAUCCUGCCUGCUGAAGACAGGGCGCUCAGGGAAAGGGGUCCCUCCCAGCCACUGCCGGCCAUGCAGCCCAGUGGCCCAGUCGACAUGGAGGAGACCAGGCCCGAAGGGAGCUAUUUCAGCAAGUACUCGGAGGCAGCUGAGCUGAGAAGCACAGCCUCCCUCCUGGCCACUCAGGAGUCCGACGUGAUGGUUGGACCCUUCAAGCUGAGGUCAAGGAAGCAGCGGACUUUGUCCAUGAUUGAAGAAGAGAUCCGAGCAGCCCAGGAAAGGGAGGAGGAGCUGAAGCGGCAGAGGCAAGUCUUGCAGAGUACGCAGAGCCCCAGGGCAAAGAACGCCCCAUCCUCGCUGCCCUCCAGAACCGCGUGCUACAAAACCGCCCCAGGGAAAAUAGAGAAAGUCAAACCUCCUCCAUCCCCCACCACUGAAGGCCCCAGCUCGCAGCCUGACUUAGCCCCCGAAGAGGCUGCCGGAAUCCAGAGGCCCAAGAAUCUGAUGCAGACCCUCAUGGAAGACUAUGAGACACACAAAUCUAAAAGGCGCGAGAGAAUGGAUGAUAGUAGUGUCCUUGAGGCCACACGGGUGAAUCGAAGAAAGAGCGCUCUGGCCUUGCGCUGGGAAGCGGGGAUCUACGCCAACCAGGAGGAAGAGGAUAAUGAAUAGACUUCGUUCAACCCAGGAAGCUUCUUUGGUGCUUGGGAUACCAAGAAACUGGGAAAUUAACAACUCAAAGCAUUUUAAUGGACUAUUUAUUAAAGUACACACAAACUCAGCAAUCCUUAUGUAGACCAAAAGCUGUAAUACACAAUGAUGAACAAUCGAGGGAAAAGGAAGUCCACCCAUCCAACUCUCACACCCAGGAGGGAACAGACAAAGGAUUUUUUUUUUUUGUAACUCAAAGAAUUGUCUGGAUUUGGACCAACCCGCAAUUGAUCACAAAAGGACUAAGGUGUUACAUGCAAUCAGCAUAGUGGUUACAGGCAGAACUGAGAGCAGCCUGGCUGGGUGACCAGGAACAACAAUGGCACAGAGCCAUUUAGAGAGCACUAGGGCCCGAGCUGGUGAAGUGCACAUGGCAUAGGAUAUUUCUCUGCAUCGGCUUCUCACCCAUCAGAAGGGUUGGGUUCACUCCAUUUUCUCCAGCAGCCAUAAAAUGAAUGGCGUUUCUCUCCAUAUUUGCCCAGAAGAGGCAAUUAUGAUUCCAUUUCUCUUAUUAUUUUUAAUUGGGAGCAAUGAGUGAUUGCAAUACACACAAUCCGUAUUUUUAAGACCGUGUUUCUUCAUGUUACAAACACAAUCUAUUCUAUGUUAGGAGGCUGAGAAAGGGGAGGAAGCCAAACCAAAUGGAUUAUUUUAGCUUUAGGAUUUUGUCUGCUUAUACUGUUUACUGAUCUGCAGUUUAUGAGAACACAUUUUCUCAAUUAUGUUUCUUCAUACGAAAACUAUAUUUAGUGGGCAGCAACUAUUUUUAUGAUGGGGUGGGGGAAUCUAUAUAUGUAUAAAAUCUGUACACAUUAAACUGUGGCUCAAGAUGGUAGGGGUAUUUUUAGAGUGGCAGUAAUUGAAAACAAGGGCAAACUUUGCCUUGGAGAGGUAGAUGACCAGAAAUAAAAAGGUGUUUAUAACUAUUUUGUGUUAUAAAGUGGGCCUUAGAGGUAAUAGGAAGAUUGAUAAAUUGUUUUGGUUCCAUCAGAAAGGAAACACGAAAGAGAAGUCAUGAAGGUAGAGAAAAAGGGGGGGAGGGAGAAAGAAUAGGAAAAUAAGGAGGUAAGAGAUACUAUUUUUGCUGAGCAACCAGUGUUUUUCAGGAUGAUACAGAGAAAAAUAUAGAAUAGAAAUUUAAGUGCAGGCUUGGAAUCAGCUACAGAUCCUAAAGAUGGCUUGUGUGUGUGUGUGUGUGUGUGUGUUUGUAUGUUCAUGAGUAAGGGUGUGUAUUGUGUGAGGAUUAAAAUUCCAGAAUGGUCAUGGCACAUGAGUGUAUAGUUAUUUCCUCCAAAGCUGUUUGCCAGCUUCAGGAGUGAGUGAGAAUUUCUUUUUUAUGAAAAGGGAUAUAAAGGCACCGAGUUGAUGCAGUAUUUGUAAUAUUAAAUUGACCUAACAUGGUAUUCGCAUGAGUCACAAUUGCAAAGUUUUGAGCAGUUUUGUAAUUAGACAUUUAGGAGAGUAUCCUAUUUAUUCUCAUGCUUUGUAUUCAUGCUUAGUAUUCUAUAGAGGAUGCCAGCUUUACUCUUUCUGUGAUUUAAAGCAAUAUGAUAAGGGUAUUCAAUAAUUGAGUGCCCUUAAUUUCUGGAUGAGAAUGUUUUUAAUUCUGACCGUGAGAAAAAAACUGACCACCAGCCUUCUUUUUUUCUUCUUUGUUUUAAAACUAUGUUUUUUUUAAAAAAAGCAAUAAUUAAGUCAGACCUCACUAAAAUUCAUUUUUGUUUUUAUAGUGUUAUGUCAUAAACUGUAGUGUGUUAUUCUAACAAAUAGCAAUUCCACAAAGUUUGUAUGUAGAAGUUAUACACAUUACCUUUGCUUCUUUUAUUAGACUAGUUGACUUUGGGGGAAAGUUUAAUCACAGAGAAGUGGUGGGCACAGAGUAAAAAUGGAACUGUCUCAUAACCUAACAAGGAUCCUUUGAAACUACCCAGGGAACCUGUCCAUUGGAACCAAAUUCUACAGGUGGUAGCCAAAUAGUACAUGGGCAGUUGGCACCAUUAUAUGGUUCAUUCUCCUGAAUAUUCUGAAUGGAUAUUCAAUAAAAUGUGCUAGCCAUGGGGACAUAAAACAAAUAAGAAAUAAGACUCUGCUGCAAGGAGUUUAUUAUAUGGUGGAGAAGCCUGGCGUGGAGGAACAUUCCAAGAAAAAUGAGAUGCUUGCUAGAUUAAAAGUCCUGACAGGUGAGCUGGGAGGACCCUGGAAGGAGGACCAUCUUUGCCUGAGGUCCCAGUUGCCUGGGCUGAGGAUCCACGAUCAGGGGGUGUUCCUAAGGCAGACACAUGGACAAGAACAGAGGAGAUAGUGUGUGGCCUCAGGCACAGUGGUAGUGGGAUGGCUGGAGAAUGGGAGAGUUCUGUGGGUUACACAACAAGUAAAAUGUGCUUCAUGUUCUCUGGACCAUCUCAUGGGUCUAGUAGAGUCAUAAUGUAGACUAACGCCACCAUUUUUCCCAAGAGGAAAUCAUCUGUACGAUUUACCUUAAGUAUUUUGUUCUGUUUUGAAGGAAACCAUAUACCCACAUGAUACCUCCAUUUGAGAGAGAAUUUGCAGCUGAAAGGAAAGCAUAGAAAGCCACAUAAUUCAUCGAGUUCCUUUAGAGGCAGACAGAGUGGCCUUUGAGUACAGCUGAUUGAAACAGAAGCACUUACUGUUUAAGAAAUAACAGAAUUCUAGAGCUGGGGUCCUUUGGGCCACGCUCCAUGCCCAAAUGAGAUAAGGAAAUGCAGUUUCUGUGACUUUCCCACAGUCACACAGCUGUUUUAACUGUGGCCCUUGUUCCCCUAUGCUGCCUUCCAGAUGACUGCUAUUUCCUUGCUCCACUUACUGAUAAUCCCAUUAUAAUCCUAUUAAAAUGUAAAUUACAGUUCCCUUGGGAGAGCCAGAUUUUCUCUGUGCUCUUGAGUUUUUUUAUUCAUUCAAGAAACAUUGGACUACCGCUUUGUACACAUCACUGUGCUAGGCUCUGGGAUCCCAAAUGAACUCCUUUAACUUUCUGAAGAUGGAACAGACCCCUGGAGGAAAGUCAUUCCUGCCUCAUCCAUGGAGAGAAAGAGGCCUGUGACAAAUGUUGCCUCUGAUGCUUGGCCCUGUCCCCAAAUAGCACGCAAGCUUGUUAAUCUCAGCUUUCACAAAUGUUUAGGUUCUGUAGAUGUUAAAAGCCUUCCUGAAAGUAUUCCGUUCUGCAGUGUUUAUAGGUGUUCACUUUCCUCUGGAGCUGAUUAACUACUGACAUGCCUUGGCUUUCUCAUCCAGAAAUUAUGGAAACAGGGUCUGUCAGUGGCAGGAGGCUGGGCUGUGUUCUACUUGGAUGACAAAAUGCAAUUUCCUUGCCUCUUUGUAUCGUGCAUGCUGCCCACCCUAGGCAAUGACAUAUAAGCAGUUUAUAGACCAGUGUCCACAUAUAUACACACGCGCACACAUAUAUAAAGCGUAACAAGGAACACUAAGACAGUGUUGACUCUUGUCUCUGAAGACAAAUAAACAUUUUUUCCAACUACAGAAUGGAUUUAAUUAAACUAUGUAUUGAAAAAAAAUAGCCUAAGUGUUAGAGAUGGUGAAUAUAUCCAGUUUUAGUUACAGAACCAAUUUCCUGAAUUUUAAGCAUUCAGUGAACUGCCAAUUUUGAUUUUGCGUUGCUCCUUAUCCAAAUGACUUUUUUUUUUUUUCUUUUUCUUUGGAGGAGGGAAAAAAAGCAAUAUACUGUGUUUGGAAAUUAUGUUCUGUAUCUGGCUUUCCUGUGUAUGUUAACCACUUCAAUGUUAUUAGCUUGCUUCGGUUUUAUAGUGAUUGUGAGGCGUUCAAUGCAAGUAUACAGUUAUUUUCUCAUUAAAACUCAAUGUGUGUUGUGUUUUUAUAAA